AUGAAAAACACUAGCGAGUGCGGGAGGGCACGAAGAGGCAGACAUAAGGACAGACGCAUACAGGCAACACAGGCAGACUGGUAUCUUGAGAUGCUGGAAGAAGACAAACACGAAAACGACAUGCAGCACAAAGCAUUAAAGAACCCGGACCAAGUGCGAGUUCGCCUAUAUGGAAGUAACACAGCGUUGAAAGGCCCCCAAGCACCACGUACGAGACUUCUGCUGGCAUCUACUGCCCAAUCAACCACUCCAGCUGUUAGCGAUUACCUUUUAAUUUCGCCCUUUAUCCGCUUGCUCUAUCAGCAGCGCCAGCAACAGCGUGUUGUUGUUGCAUUCGAUAUAUCUAAAGGGGAUGACCUGGACCCAAACAAGCCGUCCUUGCGACGCUGCUGCCAGUUGCUUCGGCAGCUCGGGUGUGUCUGCGUGGUCAAUAAAGCUUCGCUGACGCUCAGUCGACUGCAGAAGCACCAGGUAUCUUUGCUUAUCAUUGGCCAGCCUUCCAAGCCCUAUACAACGGAUGAACUACUUGCGAUAAAACUCUUCUUAGAGACACCCCAAACCAACGCAGCGCCCCCUGGACCAGCAGCUGCUGCUGAUGUACCCGCUGCUGCAUCUCCUGGUGAUGAGGCACGUGAGACCAGUCCUGCUUUAGAAUCAGCUAGUGGGGCUUCACCUGCUGCUACUGCGGUAGACAGGUCUAGCGCUGCUACCGAUGAGCAGAUAGUAGCAGCGUCACAUGGAACAAUGACGAUAAAUCCUGCCCCAACAGUAUCUACAAAAACGGUGCUUGCACCUCAGGCACGAAGUGUCUUUGUUUUAGGAGGCAGCAGUGGAGGAAGUAGUAACAGCAGCAACACUAAUUUCUUACUGGAGGAGAUGGGCCUCUCCAUCGCUACAGACACUGUUGUAGCGGUCACUCCCCCUACACUGCAGGAGCAACAACGGGGCAUAUGGCACCCGAGGGAGGUUGUGCUGAAUCAGAAACAGUUAGUUGGUGCCAACAUCCAGCAACAUCUGCAGCCCAGCACCACUGCCAGCAGCAACGACACUAGCACAUUUGUUUAUCCUUAUGGCUCCACAGUGUAUGUACAGCCUCCCGCUGUCCCGCUAAUGUGUAGCAGCAGGUGCAGUAGCCCCUCUCAACGGCCUUUGAUUGCUGCUGCUCCCGCUGCAGGUGGAGGGGUUGUUGUGGCUGCAGGUAGCAGCAAGCUACUACAGGAACCAUAUCUAAGCAUGUAUAAAAACACGGAUUUGGUAAAAGUUCUGCUUCACUUGUUGCUGGGCCGCAUGUCGCUGCAGGAGCUGCGGCCAACUGCAGCUGAAACAGCAGCAGCAAUAACAAAGUAUACACGUCAGACAGAUACCGAGCUUUUGUCUCAAUUACCCCAGCCGUGCAUUGAGGCACCACCCGAAGUUCCUAAGGAUUUUCGCCUGCUGCAUCAGCAGCAGUGCUAUACAUUGAGGCCUCGUCUAGUGCUUCAGCUACAGCAGCUGUUGCAGCGAGUCAACCUAAACCCCAUUGGUGCGCCGCUGGAGUUGAUACAGCCAAAGCUGCUACAGCCGUUCCCUUCGUUAAAGCCCGCGCUGCACCCACCGAUUCUGCCUUCUCCACCACCCCUCCCUCUACCGUUGCUUGAUAUAGACACACUGUGCAUGUCCCCAAGUCAGCGGCUCCUCGCAGCAGCAGGUGCUGCUGGUGCUUCAAUCCCAACUGCAACAGCAAAUGUGCUAGACGCUUCAGCAGAAACUGAAAAGGAACGAGUCCUGCAGCAGUUUGUCUUGAAGGCAGCCAAGAUCACCGGUAUUCUUCCAGAGCAACAACCACACCAGCAAGCAACAGAGGAAGCACAACAUACAGAGCGAACAGCAGGAAAUAGCCAAAGGACUGCACGAAGUGUUCUUGUAAAACUGCUUGUCCAUUCAUUAAAGGCGCGCGGCAGCAACUCCCUCAAACAGGUUAGCGAGUGA